AUGGGGUCUACCAAAUUUGGCAACUUCAAUGAUUUUUGCAGAGACUCGACUCUCCCAGUCUGCAAUCUUCUAUCCAACCCUACCCACGACCAGAAUGACCCGAGCUGGGGAGGUUGCGAGCUCAAGGGCAUUCCCUUGAGUGGGAACAGGCACCUUGGAAACCUGGGAUCGAUUUUGCUUGCCGGCAUCGCCAUCGCCGCGGCUAGCUUUCUGGUGCUUCGCUCAGAGAGGAAGCGAGCAGCUGUUGGACGAAGGGAAAUGCAACUAUUCCUGAUCGGCUACAUCAUCAUCAGUAUAUGCGAGAUCUUCUCAGUUGGCGAAUUCCCACUGAACAAGACUGCCCGGAUUGUUUUCUCUGCUGUUCACAUUGGCAUGAUCACUGCCACAACCUGGAUCUUGUUCCUUAACGCUGUUGUUGGCUACCAGAUCAUCGACGACGGAACUCCAAUUUCUGUCAUCCUCUUCGUUGUCUCAGCUGCCGCGUUGCUCAUUGGCAGCGGGUAUAUCGCCCUCGACACUGGCCUAUCGUGGACAGGCUUUUGGGACUCCAGCUAUAACAGCCCCAACAGGAACAUCGCCAUCUACGUCCUCUACCAGCUCUUCCCCCUGGUCUGCCUCGUUGCGUACUUUGUCCUGGAAGCUAUUCUUGUCAUCCGAAUCCUUCGUGAGCUUCGACCCCUGCUCUACCUUGUGGGAGCGGCCCUGCUCUUCGCCAUCGGUCAGGUCUUCAACUAUGCCAUCAGCAAGUACAUCUGCGACGGCACUAGCGGCAAGAUCGACGGAUCUCUUUUCCAGACACUAUUCACGCUGCUCUCUGUCGUCAUGAUAUGGAUCUUCUGGUCUAGCAUCACCGAAGAUGAUUGGCCAAUGCCCGUCACCAGCACCUAUCCUUAG